UUUUGACUCAUCCUUCUGGCCAAUCUCCAAACUAGUUCCAUAACAAUAUUUUGAGAAAAUUUUAGAAGAUAAACAGAUUAUUAUUUGCAUUAUUCUUUAUCACCUCAAUGAAUGAAACAAAUUCAAAUGAUGCAUGAGUCUAUAAAAUACUGUUCUACUGAGUGAUAAAAAAUUUUCAGAUUGGAGGCAACCUAAAUUCGCUCUCAUGGAAGUGUUUGUACAUUUAUUUGAUUACUGAAGCAGUGUAACUAGUAUUGUGCCGAAUAAUUAUGUGCUUGCUGUCUGAAAAUUGAGGAUUAAUACCCACAAAUAUCAGAAUAGGCUAACGAGACGCGCUGUGUGAUCUCUAGUAUGUGACCCGCAUAAGUUGGAUUUCUUUCGAUAUUUCGUUAGUGAAAAUCUAAAACGUCCAAAAUGUUUCACGGAGACGCCCGAGCCACGAACAUCCCGAAGGUGGGUACAACCAUCAGCCAGGCCCAAGCCCUCGAGUACUUCGAGCAAUUCAUCAAUGCUACCACACUGAAGAACAUACUAGGUUACUUUAGAACAAUGUGCGAACUUCUCCACAUGAAACCGACGUACUAUCCGCUAUUCUAUCCUAAACUGAAGGCUAUGUUGAACAGCUGGAAGGCGAAGGCCAUAUGGAAGAAGUUGGACUCUAGGGCUAAUCACAAAUGUUACGGCAAGGGUAAGAUUGGUGAGAAGACGAGGGUUCUGGUCAUAGGCGGUGGACCUUGUGGUUUGAGGACGGCGAUUGAAGCCCAGUUGUUGGGUUGCAAAGUUGUAGUUGUAGAGAAGAGGGAUCGUCUGUCAAGAAAUAAUGUACUUCACCUUUGGCCAUUUGUAAUUGAAGACUUGAGAGCAUUAGGUGCUAAGAAAUUUUUUGGGAAAUUUUGUGCUGGAGCCAUCGAUCACAUUAGUAUUAGGCAGUUGCAAUGUAUUCUGCUGAAGUUAGCUUUAAUAUUAGGUGUAGAAAUCCACACAGAAGUUAGUUUUGAAAGUCUAAUCGAACCAAAUAAUGAUGAGAAAAUUGGCUGGCGAGCGGAAUUGAAACCGUCUAACCAUCCUGUAUCACAAUAUGAAUUUGACGUUAUAAUUGGCGCCGACGGAAAGAGAAACACAUUGACUGGAUUUAAGAGGAAAGAAUUUCGUGGCAAACUUGCAAUUGCUAUCACGGCCAACUUCAUUAAUAAGAGGACUGAAGCUGAAGCGAGGGUUGAAGAGAUCAGCGGUGUAGCUUUUAUUUUUAACCAAAAAUUUUUCAAAGAUCUGUACCAGGAGACGGGUAUAGAUUUGGAAAAUAUAGUUUACUAUAAGGACGAGACGCACUACUUUGUAAUGACUGCCAAAAAGCCAAGUUUGAUAGAGAAAGGAGUAAUAUUACAGGACUUGGCUGACACAGAAAGACUGUUGGCUCCAGACAAUGUGAACCGUGAGGCUCUCUUGAAUUAUGCCAAAGAAGCUGCAGACUUCAGCACAAAUUACCAAAUGUCUAAUAUGGAAUUCGCAGUUAAUCAUUAUGGCCAACCUGACGUUGCUAUGUUUGAUUUCACGUCAAUGUAUGCCGCAGAAAAUGCUUCCAGGGUACUGGAGAGGAAAGGUUAUCAACUGCUUACGAUUCUUGUUGGUGACAGUUUAUUGGAACCAUUCUGGCCAACAGGAUCUGGUUGUGCUAGAGGAUUUUUGUCAUCUUUGGAUGCAGCAUGGGCAAUAAGGUCUUGGAGUUUAGGUAAAGCAAGUCCACUCGAAGUUCUUGCCGAACGAGAGUCAAUUUAUAGACUAUUAGCUCAAACCACUCCUGAUAAUUUGAAUAAAGACUGGAAAUCAUAUACUCUGGAUCCUUCUACAAGAUAUCCCAACCUCAACAGAACAACGGUAAGUCCCCAUCAACUAGUCAGUUUGUACGAUACAGAUGAUAUUCAGAAUAUUGAAAAAUUGGGACGAAACCUAGAAAAUGUUACUACUAUUUCAAGGAAGAGAAGAAGAGAAAUAGUAGAUAGUGAGAUUCUUAUAGAAUGGGUUAAACAUCAAGUGAAAUGUCAUCCCAGUAUUGAAAUAACUGAUCUUUCAUCUAUUUUCCACUCAGGAAAAGUUCUUUGUGCAAUUAUUAAUCAUUAUCGACCCGAUUUAAUUGAUUACUCUAGUCUAGUAAACAACGAACCAACACACAAUAAUCAGUUAGCCAUCGAUGUUCUAGAAAAAGAUAUAGGUAUUCCUCCAAUAAUGACUGGUCAAGAAAUCACGUCCACACACGAUAACCUAGCACUUACGGCGUACCUGACUCAAAUCUAUGAUGUGUUCAGAACAGAAAUUCCUCAUGUCAAACAUCCCAAACUGAGAAAUAAAUGGACGAUUUCAGAUUUAGCCAUUCCUGAACAAUCCCUCAAAUCCUCCACGAAUUUCCAUUCAGAAUCCAGUAAAUCCAGUAUUCGCAAAAGCAUGAAGAAUAACUUGGUGAAAAAGUAUUCCCAUUGCACCCUAAGAACAGAUCGUACAAGUGACGAAAGUUUAUUCAAAUUAUAUCCUUAUUUUUUGUCAACAAAACCUUCAGAGUGUGGGUCAGAAACGGAUGCACAUCAAGAAAAUAUAAUGUCUCCCGAAGAAUCGCUAACAGAAUGUCAAGAACUUGCUAAAAUAUUUCCAGCUUCUUCUGAAUCCUUCGAUUUGCGCUCAUCAUUGUGUGCUGAUAAUUUGAAUCCACAGAUCUUCUCGACUGAAACUCUAAUGCAAACAAAUAACAACGAAAAUAUCUCAGCGUUUCCGAACAACUUCUUGAAGCAGCUAUCUGGAAAUUUUUCCUUCAAGCUUAGAAGCAAUUUAGUGAAAAAGAAAUGUAUGCUGAGGGAGAGAUCGAUUACAAAAAUACAAAAUCAACUCCAAUUUGAAGAAAUAGAAUUCAAAUCUAACAUCAAGAACCUAUCAAGAGAAUUAUAUUUCAUCGAAAUAUUGGAGGAGAAUCGAAAGUUUUCACCAAUGUACAAUCCAUCAAGAACUACAUUAAUAAUGACUGCAAAAACAUCUUACCCUACAAAUCUGACAAAAACAGAAAAAAAGAAUGACGGAUGUGUCAGUGGCAAAUGCCGAAUUCCGAAAAAAGUUCACAUAAAAUUUUCGUCGAAUCCUAUCAUGUGUGAUGCAGAAGAAAAAGGAAGCAUAGGCCCUGAACAAGUUUUUAGCAGAGUAUCAAAUUGGAUAGAAAGUAACGAUUUUGAAGAAGAGAGUGAAAACACUGAAUUUAUAAAUAAGAAAGCAGAACCUAUUGAAACAAACAUUGAAGAAGGUUUUUCGGAUAUCACAUCCAUAACAAAGUGUCUAGAGAAAAAACGUAUGGGAAAACAAAAAAAACUCAUAGUUGGAGAAUCAUCUGAUUUGAAAGAAGGAUCUUUGAAUGAGAAGGAAGAAAAGUUUCCAAAUAAAUUGAGAUCUUUUGCUUGCAAUAAAAUGUUUAAAACUUUGGGAAAGCUUUCCCAUUUUUCCUUCUUUCCAAAUGAAGCAAAGGUGGAAAACUCAGCUCCUUUUUCUGUUAUAGCGGAAGGGCAAGAAUCAGAACUUCCCGAGAGUAAAAAUACUGUAACUAGUUUUAAGACACUUCUGAAGGAACCGAGUGCUGUAAUUACUCCCAAUGAAAACUUUAGACCGUCAAGUAGACAUAAGAGGCAUAUUGAAGGUAUACUAUCAAAUAAGAGUGCAAAUAUUGAAAGGAAAACCAGAAAGAGAAGAACGCUUGAUAAAUCUGGAAGUGUGGCGGAAAUACAGAAACAAUUCGAGGAAGGAAAUAGUUCAAAGAGUAGCAGAUUAUCAAAAAGGCAACAACAACGGAAACUACAUGCUGAACAAUUCAUAAAGAGCAUGCGGAUGCUUGCUGCUAAUGCAAAAUCCGAUACACCAUUCGAAGAUUAUUCAAUUUUUGUAUAUAGACAGACGGCAAGAAAUUUUGAAGAUCGUGUGAAAGACUUAGAAAAAAAAUUCACCUAUAUACCUGAAUAUGAUACUAAACUUCCCUCCUUGAUUCGUACUAAUACAGACGAUGACUUUGCUGCUAAAAUAAAGUCUAUAGAAGAAGGAUGGCAAAGUAAACAAUUAGUGGAAAAGAAACCGAAAGAUCUUUUGAGAAAAAUAGGUAAAAUAGAAACGUCAGAUUGGAAUAUUAAAGAAAUUGAAAAAAAGAUAAAGGAAAAUAAACUUGGCAAACCAAUAGUGAGAGAUAAGGAAAAAGUCCCCAAAUGGAGCAGAGAACAAUUCGUUGCCAGACAAACUAAAUUAGAAAAACUUGAUAGACAGGAUAGUGCUGAAGGCAAAUAUGCAGAUAUUGAUAAGAAUAUAAAACAUUUGGAUCUCAAGUUAAAAGAAGGAACCAAUAGAGAUCUGGGUCAUAAUAAAAUUGCAAGCAUAACAGAAAGAUUAACUAGUAAAAUUCCAGAGACACCAGAACCUGUUAUUCCAAAAAAUGUCGAUAAACCUGUUAUAAUUCCAUCCUAUAGUGGAUCAGAGUUAUGUCACUUUUGCAAUAAACGAGUUUAUCUCAUGGAGAGGUUAUCUGCAGAAAGCAGAUUUUUUCACCAUGGAUGUUUCAAAUGUCAGUAUUGCAAGGCUCAGCUCAGACUCGGCUCGUAUGCCUUUGAUAAAGAUGGUAUUUAUGGUCACAAGUUCUUUUGUUUGCAUCAUUAUGGUAUGCAAGGUAAAGCCCCUACUACUACUAAAGUGGUUAGAAAACCAUCACAAAGGGAUACAAAGUUACCAUCAAAGAAAUUAACUGGUGUUUCAGGUGUAGAUCUUUUAGAUAGAGUGCGUACACCCGAAAGGGCUGAAUUCUCCAACUUAAGUCGGGGUUCUUCAGAUCAGGAGGAUUCAAUAAACCAGAUGGAUGAAGAUGAAUGGACAGAUAGAAACUUUGGGGCAUCUACAGCUGAGGUUGGCAGUAGUGAUGAUGAUGAUUCAUCAAGUUACAGUGAUACUGAUAGCGAUGAUGAAGAUGCUUAUGAAGAGGCUAUGGAAGAACCAGCUACAAAGGAAGGAACAUUGAAGUGGGCUGAGAGAAUGAGUAAAAGGCACUUCUCUAAACAGGAUAAAUCGGACUCUGAACCCUACGGAAGUUCAGAUUCUUCAAGUUACUAUGAAAAUAGUUCUGAUGAAGAUGAAUCUGACACGGCCACAGAGGGCGAAGAGGAGAUCAGAGCCAGAGAAUUGCGAUUGCAAGAAGUUCGUCUCGACCCACCGAUAAUACAAGCGGAUACCGGCACUGAUACAGAGGUACUCUCCGAUGACAACAGCUCUGAUGUUUCAAGUGAAGUUCAGAACUCUGCUACAGAAAUAUCAACAGAUUCUGAGUUUGCUCAUGAUGAUCCAACACCUACCAGUGAAGUUCCGCCAAUCCUUUUGAAUGAUAUGUUUAUAACUAAAAACAGGGGUUCUUCAUCAAAUAGGCCCAAAAAAAUUCAGGUGACCAGUGGUUUUUUACAAAAACCCUCUAAUGGAAAGACGAUCAAGCAAGACAUUGAGUUAAAAUUGACACCACUUGUUUCUCCUGCACCAAGUUUAAGAAAAAUCACGUCAUCUAUAAAACCACCUUCAGAAGCCUAUGCUUUGAAUAGAACACAGAGCACUGGGGGUAUUGCCACUAAAGUUUCCCUUGAACUAAAAAAAAAAUAUUUAUUAGGUGAAUCAGUUGGUGGUGGUAGUAUUCAAAAAUCUGGUAGUGCAUCUACUCUCGAUACAAAGUUAAAGUCAUUCUGUUCAAAUAUAUCUGAUUGUCAGAAAUUACUGAAACCUGCUUCAGAAAUAAGCCCAAGUAUGCAGACUUUCUGUAAAAAACUUGAUGAAAAUAUAUCACCAAUUCUAAGUCCGUUAACUGUUGAAUCAUGCAAUAAACCAAUUACUACAGAAAGUAAUGAAAAUCAAUUGGACCAAAAUGAAAAAUUGCCACCACCAGAUCUCAUAAAUGUGACCAUCACUGAAAAGAAAGAGGAAACUGUAAAGCCAGUGUUCGAAAAUGAAACUGAAGGCCGUCCAAGAAGUCCACUUCAUGAAACAUCACUUAUCGUUCCUGAAAUUGAUUGGAGUAAAGUUUCGCAGUGUGCAGAAAGCUUGUCCUCUUCUUCAACUUCUUCAUCUUCAAGUGAUGAACAAAUAAAUACUCCUAAUUACUUGCAUGGAAAUAUUCCAACAGUUAGAGUUUGUGCAGUGGAAGAUUCUGAAGGAAUCUUGAAAAAUUCAAACGAUAUUUUACAAACAAAUGAUUUUGUUAAAUCUAUAUCAAGUGAUAAAAAGCAACUGAAUCAACCUAAAACACUACCUGGCUUCAAAAAUGAAUUUUCUAAUGAUUCUGUUAAAAAGAAACCCAAGGAAUCGGGUUAUCAAAAAAUACCAUCUCAAGAUGACAGAUCAAGUGGAUGUAGCACACCAAUAUCAAUGGGAGACGAUAUAACCACUGCAUUUACAGAAACAGAACUGUCUGAUUGGGCAAGAGAUGGAUGUGUUUCUGACGAUUUAGAAGGUGUUGCUUUCGAUUUAAACGGAGAACCACAAAAACAGAAAUUACAUGAGUUACCUACUAUAGGACAUAUUUGUGGAAAAAUGGAGGAAGGCAAAGAUGUAAUUAAAGAACCUUCAAAUACAAAUUUCGAUAGUAUUGAGUACAUGGAUACUUGUACGGAAAGUAAUAGUGAGGAAGGUGUUGUGAAUAGUAUAGCUUAUAAUAUUUUGAAAAAUGAGGAAAUAGCUGAAGAUAGUUUAAAUCCAAUAAUUAAUGACAUUGUAGAGGCUCAGAAUACUGUAAUCACAGAAUCAAAAAUAAAAAAUUCUGGUUAUUGUAUAAUUGCUACUGAUAAUAAUAAUUUUGGAGGUGAAAUAGUAAAUUUGAAGCCAGCAGACAUUGAAAAUCUCAAACAAAAUCAACAACUUGGUGAACGUGAGGAGGAUAGCUUAUUAGUUGUAGAAACAACUACUGAAGAGAACACCUGCAGUGAUUCAACUGUCAAAAAUGUAACUGAAAUACCAAAAGAUACAAAUACGGUAUCAAGAAUCCAAAAACAAAGAUUGGAGGAGAAAUUAAGUCAGCUAAAAAAAGAAAAAGAAGAAAUAUUAUUACAAGCUAAGAUAGAAAGAGAGAUAGAAAAGAGUAAAGAAGAGGAAGAUGAUAGUGGGAACUCUCCGGCAAAAAAUAUAGAAUUUGAUGAACACUGUCAAAGACUACAAUCAAAAAUUGAUUUUGGAAAUGUAAAAGAUUCAAUAGAUAUACGAAAGUCAAGGAGAAAAAGCAAGGAUUCACCACAGAAGCCAGAAUUAAUUCAGGAGGAGAAACAGUGUCUCGAAUUAAAAAACAUCACACUGAAUUUGUCACCUACUAUUAAAACUCCUGAUCAAAUAUAUAAUAAAGAAGUUAUAGAAAAAGAAAGGAAUGUAAACCAAAGAUUGGUUCAAGAAAUGGUUAUGAGUAAAAUGAGAGCGGAGAACAAAGCUUUUGAAAGAAAAGUUAGAAAUAGGCCUACAACAAACAGUUUGAAUAAUCCAUUUCAGUUAUCAAAAUCUGCCACUACUGAUAUAGCCAGAAUAAAUAAGAGUAAUUUGGACAAUAAUUCUAUUAAUAGAGUUAUUGAAGAUACUUCUGGAAAUUUUCUUUUGAAAGAAAAAGAACCUAUUAUAGGAAUGUGUACAAUUCAAAAAUCACAAACCUCUCCGAAUGUUCCAGGAGAUAACAGAAUUGAAUAUGAUGAAGCAAGUACUCCUAUUGCUCCACCUCGUUCAAGGGAUUUGAAAAAUUCAACAAACAAAUUGAAGUCAGAAGCAAGAGCAAGAGCCAGAAUGUUAUCAAAUGAAGAAUUGGGACUUAGCCCAGAAGAUAAAAUCUUAAGAUUAAGAGAGAAAUCCAGAAGAUAUGAACGAAGUGCAAGUGUAGAAAAUUCUGAAUUUCAAUUAUACCCUAUGACUCCUAAUUCCCAAGCACCAGUUUUUGACACCCUAGGAAAAAAAAGACCGAUUAGUGAAUAUUUACCAAAAUAUAGUGAAAAUAGAAAGUCUUUCAGUCCUAAUAGCAGUAAAGCUGAGGAAAAAAAGUUGUGUCGAUCUGAUUCGAAUUUAUUCCGAAUGGCAAAUAUCAAAAAUAAAGAAGAGAGUCCUAAAAAGGGAACCAAAUUCACGAAAAUUAUGGAUCUAUUUUCAAAGAAAAGUCCAAAAGGAUUAUUUUCGAAAAUUUCACCGAAGUCAAAGGAUAUGUCAAAGUCUUGCCCCACAUUAUUUGAAUGGACACCGAUGACAAUGGUAAAAGCGUGUUCAACCAAAGAGACUAAAAAUAAGGAUUAUGAAAUAGAUUUACCACAAACAAGCAGACCAGAAGUACCACCUCCUGUACCCCCCUUACCUUUGUGUUAUACUGAAAAUUUGCUUCGACGAUCAGAAGACAGCUCAGAUGACGAAUUCAAGUGUAGUAAAAGAAGUUCCUUAGAAACCUUAGCAGGUCCAGCAAAUAUAGAUGAUUCUGUUUCUAGUUUAACAGAGAGGCAUUCUUAUAAAAAAAGUAGAAGAUCAGUAAGGGAAGCACAACUCAAAAGACAUCGAAUGGCUCAAGAAAUUCAACGUAAACUAGAGGAGACUGAAGUAAAAACUAAAGAACUUGAAGAAAAAGGAGUUUUGAUCGAAAAAGCUCUAAGAGGUGAAGAUGAAUGUUCUUCUAAACAAGAAUCAGAGUUACUGCAAGAGUGGUUUGACAUAAUGCGAGAUAGAACUGAGUUACGAAGAUAUGAAAAAGAACUUAUGGUCAGAGCUCAAGAAUUAGAAUUAGAAGACAGACAUGCAAGACUGCAACAUCAACUCAGAAAAAGACUGAAAGAAGAAAAUAAAAGUGAAGAAGAUAAGGAUGUAGAUUACAAAAUUAUCAAUGAAAUGCUUGAAAUUGUAUCGAAAAGAGAUUCACUUAUUGCUUUGUUGGAAGAAGAUAGACUGAGAUACCUCUCUGAAGAUCGUGAUUUUGAAGAACAAAUGCUUGCUAAAGAUCUUCAUCUUACCCCAAAAUGGAAAACUAAUGAAAAAUAACAUUUUUCUUGCAA